AAGCGCGUAAACCCAACUUCGAAUCUAUGGCAUCUUCUUCUCCAUAGAACACAUCUUCAACUCAGUGUUGCAGCUGCGGUUAUAUGCAACAGAUAUGCAUCAAAUCCCUCAAUGGACACAACGGAGGCUGAUCUACCGCCGGACAACUCAGAUUCAAACUUCCACCGUUCAUUCAACGCCACAACGACGUCGUCCUCAUCUUCCUCUCCACCGGACUUCCUCCGCAACGUACAAGCCGCCUUCAAGCGCCACCGUAUGAUACCACAGUUGAAACCUAGGCGUUUAGUGGUUCGAGGGGAACCAGCAAAGAGCUCAGAUCCAGUAAUCCACUCGAAAACGAGAGAUGAGUCUCAUAAUGUUUUGCUAGGUGAAAGAGUGCAAGAUUCUAUUUUACGGACAAAGAAUAUGAGGCCUUCUAGUUCUGUUGACCAUGAGGAUGCUUCAAUUACUCCACCUACUAUAUUAGGUGAAACUAACGAUGAAGGAAAUUUUGUAUCAAUCAAUGCUGAUAGAGGUCAACACCAUUCAGGUAUCGGUUGUACAAGCAGCAAUACAUUUGCUUCCUCUGUAGUAGAACAUGCACAUGGUCCAUUGGUCGAUGGUCCGAAGAAGGUUCAGUUUGCAUUGCAAAAGAAUGCAAGAUCUCAUGGGUCUGAUGAUCACAUGACUUCAGGAACCGACAACUUAUUGACUCAUAUGAAUUCACUUGCAUUGACAGAAAUGGAAUGGGUUGGAAGUAAUCAGUCGGAUGUCUCAUAUGCUCUCAGUCAAGACACAAGGCUCCAGAAUUUUCAGAAAUCCGAUGCUGAUCAUUGUUUACAGACUAAUGAUGAAAGACCGUUGUCGCAUCUAAAGAGCACAAUAGGAGUUCCAGAUCAGAUUAAAUCAGUCAGAAACUUCAUACAGAGUGACUUUGGCCAUAACAUGACCCAAUCAUCAGUCGUAGGCUCAUCUUGCGCCACAACAACGAUAGUGAAUCCAGAAUACGCUCCCAUGCUUACCCCAAGUACCCACUGUUCCCGCCCUCAGCACAAUAGUUUUCAGGCUGUUGAAUGUUCUAAUGUACAAGAUCGAGUUCAACCCAUGACACAUGUAGAUCAGGCUCAUCUUGAAUGUUCUAAUGUACAAGAUCAACCCAUGACACACGUAGAUCAUGGUCUUUCUAAAGAUCAACAAGGCCAAGAAGUAGGGCACAGUGUAAAAACGGGAUCAACUAUAGGGGACGCAUUUUCUGGUGAUAUUACUGAUGUACAAUCUCAAGCUCCGAUAGCAGAUGACCGGUCUUCCAAUGUAAAAACGGAAUCUCAUAAACAUGGAAAAAAGAAAAAAGCUGAUGCCAACAAAAGUACCAGUAAGAGAAAUUACGAUCCUGACUUGUUUUUCAAGGUUAAUGGGAAGCUCUAUCAAAGGCUUGGAAAGAUAGGUAGUGGUGGAAGUAGUGAGGUCCAUAAAGUCAUUUCUCAAGACUGCACGAUUUACGCCUUGAAAAAGAUAAAGCUUAAAGGCCGUGACUAUGCCACCGCGUAUGGAUUUUGUCAGGAAAUCGAAUAUUUGAACAAACUUAAGGGAAUGGACCACAUUAUUCAACUCAUUGAUUAUGAGGUGACAGAUAAGGGUUUGCUGAAGGAAGUCAUGAGUGGUUCUCUGAGUAACAAGGAUGGGAAAGUGAAAGAUGACGGAUAUAUAUACAUGGUACUUGAAUAUGGUGAAAUCGAUCUGGCUCAUAUGUUGUCACAAAAAUGGAAAGAGCUGGAUAAGUCGAAGUUGACAUUAGAUGAGAACUGGCUUCGUUUUUACUGGCAGCAAAUACUUUUAGCUGUCAAAACAAUACACGAGGAACGUAUUGUGCACUCAGACUUGAAGCCGGCUAAUUUUCUUCUUGUUAGAGGAUCCCUAAAGCUAAUUGAUUUUGGUAUUGCUAAAGCAAUUAUGAGUGAUACAACAAACAUUCAACGAGAUUCUCAGGUGGGUACACUGAGUUACAUGUCUCCGGAGGCAUAUAUGUGCAACGAAACAGAUGCGCAGGGCAACAUAAUCAAAUGUGGUCGUCCAUCCGAUAUUUGGUCACUAGGUUGCAUACUUUACCAAAUGGUAUACGGAAGAACACCCUUUGCAGAUUACAAGACGUUUUGGGCAAAGUUUAAAGUCGUUACGGAUCCAGAUCACCAAAUCCCAUAUGAACCUCUGUCAAAUCCAUGGCUUCUUGAUUUAAUGAAAAAGUGUCUCGCAUGGGACCGUAACCAAAGAUGGAGAAUACCACAACUUCUCCAACACCCGUUUCUCGUGCCUCCAGUUUCCUUACAUGAAAACAAACACGGUACACUUGUUCAGUUGCUUUCUGAAUCUUUUACCGAGAAUCCAAAAGCAUUGAUGCUAUGUACCCAACUUGAGCAACUGCUCAGGGACCCGUUAUCGUAUAUGAAAACCGAGGAGUUGGUAUCGUUAGAAAAGAAACGUGCAUCGACUUUGUUAGAUGAAAUGUCGAAACUUUGUUGUCAACUGAAGGAGGAGUUAGCAACCUCGGAAUUAGAUUCGAAACGAUGAUCUCGAUCACGUAGUUGGUGUAUUAUUAUGUUGUGAUUAAGUUAUAACACAUUAUUAAUCUAGUUUGAUUAAACAAUAAAUAUGCAUGAAAUAUUUCUUGAAUGAUUAUUAGACUAGUUUGUUACUGGAAUGGAAGAUGGAGUUGGCGUGUAUAUGUAUUAUAUUUAUCAUAUGUAUUUACCAUUUUAA